UCACACGAGCAGCUCCUGACGUCGGAAGCGGCCACUAAGAAAGACUAAGAGCUGCACCCCGCAUUUCCCACCGCGGGAGGAAAUUCUCCACUUGACACUGACACCAAAAGAACAAAGUACUUCUUACUAACUAGUUACUAGCAUGUCUAGCAUAGUUACUGCCACCCACCCACAUCUCUUAUGACACCACAAAGGGUGAUGAAACCAGAAGAUCUGCUUUCCCCCCCGGUCCAUCUUCCAAUCAUGCCUCUUUCUCCAAAAAUGAAUGACUUCAUUCACCAAAAUGCGUGGUUUUCCGUCACCACACGCCAACCACGAAACUCCAGCUUUCCCAUGGUACAAUCCAUCUUGGGGUCCAGCAACACGUGAGUCAAAAGUCGGGGGUUACAUUACGACUAUCAGGACUACAAGGGAGAGGACACGAAUACUGGACAAGUGCGAGGAUUCCUCAACGACAGAUCAUGUCAAGGAUGCAUACUUGGUCGGGGACUGGCAACCCCUCCGUCAAUGGUGGUGGUGGUGUGAUGUGUGCGCUGAUACUUCCCUGCCAUCGUCUGCCUCCGGACCCUCCUGCAACACUGGAGCUCCGACCGGUCUGGAGAUUCAUCAGACCGUCAAAUCCGGUCGAUCGCAUGGUCAGGAAGGUCUGCUAUUGGUUUGUAGACAGUCUCAACUUGCAGCCCCGGGCGGGGUUUGCCGUGAGCUGCGAAUCACGAUCAGCUUCACCCUGCGGUUUCAUGCUCAAUGCUGUCGCCUGCCUGCCUCGUUUGUCUGUGGAGAGGAGCGGAAGGACAUUCUGGACUCUGAGCCGAGUGCUGGCCUGGGUCCCCGCGUACAUCUUCGUAGAGGUAUACAAACCAGUAGAAAGUCGACCCCGAUGGUGGAGUAUCGUGACGUUUCAACAAUGUGACUGGCAGUCUACUACAAGCAGGUUUGUACUGUGUACAGGACAAGAGAUUGAGUCGUGUUUAUGGAAUGAACCAAUUUCUCAGUUAAUUUCGAGAUGCAGUCCAUGGCCAUGGUGAUGGGGUUGGAUAUAUCAACAACUUGUCGAAGCACUCAAGGCGUGCAUAAAUCGAGAGGGCCAGAUGCCGCACGGAGCGAAGCUGGCUGACUCAGCAGCUGAGCUGGGCGGAAGGCGGUGUGGUCCGGCAGGAAGGAAGAUAUUGGAGGUCAACGACAAUCGGCGAAAGAGCAUCGCUUCUGGUCGAUCUUCCAGUGCUUGACUGCCCAACGCUUUCCCUUCACGACGUAAUUAGUUCUUGCUUCUCUUUGCAGGGAUC